UUUUCCCAUAGGGCGUGGUCUCGGUUGUGGGCAGGACCUCAGGACGGUGGCGCACUGUGGUGCGCGGGGGGUCGAUCGGGUGGCGGUAGCGGCGCUGCCAUGAGCGUGGCACUGCGAAAUGCGCAGCGCGCCGUACCCGUGCGCCGGGCCCCGCUCCGCCGCGCCGUGUGUGCCUUGCGCUCCGCCCUGGGCGCCUCCCGCUUCGACGUAGGGCUAGUCUGCGCCAGCAACGCGUUGAUGCAGAGACUGAACGGCGUCUACCGACACUGCCCGGAGCCCACCGACGUCCUAUCUUUUCCGUUCCACCAAGUGGAGGCGGGGGAGCUGCCGCGGCCGUGUUGCCGCGGCGAGUACAACCUAGGGGACAUCUUCCUGGGGGUAGAAUACAUCCACCAGCUGUGCCGCGAAACCGGGGAGGAUUUUGACGAUGUCCUGACGGUGACGGCGGCCCACGGAUUGUGCCACCUGCUCGGCUACCGGCACGACACGAAACCCGAGUGGGAGCAGAUGUACCAGAAGGAAGUGCAAAUCCUGGAGCAGUUGAACCGCCUCACAGGCUCCCGCUUGCGGCCCCUCACCGCCGGCCUCUUCUGAGAGACGGAGAGGGGCAGAGGC